UUAAGGGAAUUCAACAGUUAACAGAGAGAGAGAUACAGCAUCAGACAAACUGUAGCUGCCGCCACUAACACAAAUCAUCGGAGAUCAUAACGAUGAACAUCGUCGCCUUGAGCAAACGUCUAAUCUCUCCUUGUUUCUCCGAUCGUCGUUCUCUCGUCGGAAUCAACGAUGUCCUCGCUAAAACUGUUUUCUUCGGUCGGAAUCCGAUCCUCGGAUUUUCCGGCCGAUCAAUUCACCACCUGCGCAAAGCUGGGAGUUUCCUAGUCCCUCGUGUUUUCUUCGUUUCUUCACGCUCGCGAAACCUAUCGACGAAUGCUUCCUCUUCGAAACAACCUGCGUUUCUACGAUGGUAUUUGAGGAAAGUGGAGUCGCACCCUUUCAUCACCAAGAGCGUCACUACUUCGCUCAUUUAUAUGGCCGCCGAUCUCACUUCUCAGAUGAUCACAAUGCAGCCAUCUGGUUCUUUUGACCUGAUAAGAACAGCGAGAAUGGCUAGCUUUGGGUUGAUAUUUCUCGGGCCGUCGCAGCAUCUUUGGUUCAGUUACCUCUCUAAAAUAUUGCCAAAGCGCGACGUGUGGACAACCUUUAAGAAGAUAAUGAUGGGGCAGGUUCUUUUCGGACCUUGUAGCAACACCGUCUUCUAUUCCUAUAAUGCUGCUCUACAAGGUGAAAAUACCGAGGAAAUCUUGGCAAGAUUGAAGCGAGAUCUUCUGCCAACAUUGAGAAAUGGACUUAUAUAUUGGCCGGUCUGUGAUUUUGUUACAUUCAAGUAUGUGCCCGUUCAUCUACAGCCAUUGAUGAAUAGCUCGUGUGCAUAUAUAUGGACGAUAUAUUUGACUUAUAUGGCAAACCAGACGAAAGCUGACAGCUAAACAAUGACAAGAAUGACUUUUCUUGGCCACGCACAGUUGCAUUCUCUUUAUUUCAUUGAAUCGUGAACCAAACAUCAGAUAUUAGUACAAGUAUAUUUUUUGGUAUCUACAAUGGAACAAAAGUUUUGGAUCUUGAUCCAACCUU